AUCACUACCUCCAUGCACUGCAACACAAAUCCACAGAGCGGCGUGUCUGCCGCAGCAGAAAGCCAUGUCUCGUCUUCCCUUCCUGUUCGUCUUACUGCUUCUGGCCGUCGAUCUCUCUCCGGCCGCGGCCGUUCCCUUCUGCCCGCCGUCCGAUAGGGCGGCACUGCUGGAGUUCAAGGCGGGACUCUCCGAACCGUAUCUCGGCGUCUUCAAGACGUGGACGGGGGACAACUGCUGCCAGGGAUGGCACGGCGUCAGCUGCGACCCGUUCAACGGCCGGGUAGCCGACAUCAGCCUCCGCGGCGAGUCGGAGGAUCCGAUCAUCCUUCGGGCCGGACGGCCGGGGUUCAUGACGGGCCGCCUCUCACCGUCGAUCUGCCGCCUGGAUCGACUGUCCAACCUCAUCAUCGCCGACUGGAAGAACGUAACUGGCGAGAUUCCCCGCUGCAUCACCUCGCUGUCCUUCCUACGGGUGCUCGACCUCGUCGGGAACCGGCUGUCCGGCCAGAUACCCUGGGACCUCGGCAAGCUCACCCACCUCACGGUCCUCAACUUCGCCGAUAACGAACUCACGGGCCAGAUUCCGCCGUCGAUCACCAACAUCGCGGGCCUGAUGCACUUGGACUUCAGCAGAAACAGGUUAUCUGGCCCAAUCCCGCAGCAGAUCGGUAAUAUGAGGAUGCUCAGCCGGCUCCUCCUCCGUCGGAACUAUCUCUCCGGCGAGAUCCCGAUCUCUGUGGUAAACCUUGACCGGCUGGCAGACCUGGACCUUAUGUCGAACCUGCUGACGGGCUCCAUCCCGUGGCAGAUCGGCAAGAUGUCGGUGCUCUCGUCUCUCCACCUCAGCGACAACCACAUCUCCGGCCAGAUCCCGUCGGACAUACUCCGAAUGGAAGGGCUUAGCAUCCUGAACGUCAGCCGGAACCGGAUCGCCGGCAACAUCCCCGACGUGUUUGGCCCCAGGUCCUACUUCACGGCUUUGGACCUCUCUUACAACACUCUGACGGGGCCGGUGCCGAGAUCGCUGACGUCCGCGGCGUUCAUCGGCCACUUAGACCUGAGCCACAACCACCUGUGCGGCCGCAUCCCCCAGGGCUCCCCCUUCGACCACCUCGAGGCCCCUUCCUUCGCCUUCAACGACUGCCUCUGCGGUUCCCCGCUCCACCCCUGCUAGAAACAAAGCAAAAAGACUAAAGAUAAAAAGUUGUCUCAGCUAGUAAUAUCUGUGUGUAUGUGUCCGUACACGCGUAUGCCUACACGCCACUGUAUGUUAUAUGUUUUUUUUCUUCUCUUCCUCUUUCUUUCUUUCAGCUUUGCAUAUUCAGUCCACCAGACGAACAGAAGUAUGAAGAACUGUAGUUUCGACGGGGGCGCUGCUGCUGCUGCAGUCACAGUUAGGAAAUGGAGCCAACGGCAUUUCGGCAGUAGGUGCGCAAUGAAAAAAAUACUGAUUUGCCCCUCUAGAUUAGAGAAAGGCCGCUUGGCUGGUGGUUCCCGGUGGGGCUAUUAUAGAGAACAUGAUGAUGGUAAUCGGUAAUUGAAUGUUUAUUGGCUAAAAACUUAGAAAGUAAAAAAGCCAUGGUGAUUCCUCUUUAA